CGUCGCGCUCGCGCAUCCGCUCCUCCGACAAGCGGCGCUUCUUCCCGACGCGCGCGCGCUAUACUACGCCUCGUCUGUAAUCCUCCUAAAGCGAGCACCUCGGCGCGCUCUAAGCUUUUUGCAGGAGGUCGGCAUAUCCCAGACACGGAAACAGCUAGAAAGAAACGCACUUCAAGAACGUGGAAAGGAUUUUAAGGGACCCGUUUAAAGACACACACACAGACAACAAGUGGCGCGUGAGAGGCAAUCCUCAAUAAAUCUGGCGUCGCAGAAGCGGGGAUGAACCUGCUGCGCCCGGGCUCCGGUUUCGGCAUGGCGGGCUGGCGGCUGGUGUGCGCCGCUGUUGCGCUCGCGCUCUGGAGGCCCGCGGAGUCGUGUCCCACCGCCUGCACGUGCACGGGCUUCAGAAUUUACUGCGCCGACACCGAGCGCAGCAUUGCGGCUUUCCCUGCGCUCAGCGAGCCCGAGAUGGAGAACAUCACCGACAUAUAUAUUGCUAACCAGAGCAGCUUCUCCUCCAUCAAUGAUAAAGACCUGACCUUCUACCGCAACCUCAGAAAUCUGACAGUGACCAACACGAGGCUUACGUACGUGUCACGGAAGGCAUUUCAGAACAACGUCAAACUGCAAUACCUGAACCUGAAGGAUAACAAUCUGUCAUCACUCUCCUGGAAGACCGUUCACCAUCUGAACAUUUCCUCCCUGCUGCUGUCUGGAAACCCGCUGCAGUGCUCGUGUGAGAACAUGUGGAUGAAGCAGGGGAGAGGCGACGAGUCCGAGGCAGCCGAGCUCAUGUGUGUGGAGGAAGGAGGGAAGAGGAGGCAUCUGUCCAAGCUCACUCUGCCCAACUGUGUUGUCCCCACAGUCAGCCUUCAUCCUAAAAGCGUCACCCUGAUGGCAGGUUCGAACAUAACACUGAGCUGUAAUGCCUCAGGAAUGCCCACGCCCGAUCUCAACUGGAUCACCUGCCCACUCAAUUCCAGCCAUGAGAUUGUGACUACGGGACAGACCUCUAUACUCAGACUCAAAGAUCUCUCAUCCCUGGACAACGAAUGCAAAAUCACUUGCAGCUCUGACAACACAGCAGGGGAGAGUGAAGCCUCUCUGCAUCUCGACAUUCACUUCGCUCCGACAAUCAGCAAGCUCAUGGACGCCAUCUCCGACCACCACUGGUGCAUUCCCUUCAGUGUAUCUGGCAACCCACAGCCGAAGCUGCAGUGGCAGUUACGGGGUGAGCCUCUGAUUGAGGGGGCCUUCAUCAGAACCCGGAUCCACGAUUACUCCGAGCACGAGUACCACGGCUGCCUGCAGCUCGACAACCCCACGCACAUCAACAAUGGCGAGUACAAGCUGCUGGCCAGCAACCGUUACGGCAACGACUGCAAAGUUGUAAAUGCCCACUUCAUGCACAACCCCUGGAACGAUACAACAGCCACGGAUUCACUCUACUACGACCCUACUACAGAUGACACGCCUCUUGAGCCACCUGAGGACCGAGUUGCUGUGUACGUGGUCGUGGGAAUCGCCGUUGUUACAUUCACCGGCUUUGUCCUGAUGCUGGUCGUCCUCAAGUUUGGCCGCAAUUCAAAGUUCGGAAUUAAAGGGCCUUCAUCGGUCAUUAGCAACGACGAUGACUCAGCCAGUCCUCUCCAUCACGUGUCGAACGGCUCGAACACGCCGUCGUCCUCGGACAUGAACGCAGACGCCGUCAUCAUCGGCAUGACCAAGAUCCCCGUCAUCGAGAACCCGCAGUACUUCCGCAGCAAUAGCAACCUGCACAAAUCCGACACCUUUGUCCAGCACAUUAAGAGGCACAACAUUGUGCUUAAGCGGGAACUUGGCGAAGGGGCCUUCGGAAAAGUGUUCCUGGCUGAAUGCUAUAAUCUCAAUCUUUUACACGACCAGGAUAAGCUCCUUGUGGCAGUCAAGACCCUGAAGGAAGCCAGCGAGAACGCACGCAAAGACUUCCAUCGUGAAGCCGAGUUGUUGACCAACCUGCAGCACGAGCACAUCGUCACCUUCUACGGCGUGUGCGUGGAGAGCGACCCCCUCAUCAUGGUGUUCGAGUACAUGAAGCACGGAGACCUCAACAAGUUCCUCAGGGCUCACGGUCCUGACGCUGUGUUAAUGGCAGAUGGUCAGGUGCAGCAGCAGCAGGCCGAGCUCACACAGUCUCAGAUGCUGCACAUUGCUCAGCAGAUCGCAGCAGGGAUGGUGUAUCUGGCCUCGCAGCACUUUGUGCACAGAGACUUGGCCACACGUAACUGCCUUGUUGGUGAGAACCUGCUGGUGAAGAUCGGAGACUUCGGCAUGUCCCGCGACGUGUACAGCACGGAUUAUUACCGGGUGGGCGGUCACACCAUGCUGCCGAUCCGCUGGAUGCCCCCGGAAAGCAUCAUGUACAGAAAGUUCACCACCGAGAGUGACGUCUGGAGCCUGGGAGUGGUGCUCUGGGAAAUAUUCACCUACGGGAAACAGCCCUGGUACCAGCUGUCCAACAACGAGGUGAUUGAGUGCAUCACUCAGGGCCGUGUGUUGCAGCGGCCGCGCACCUGUCUGAAAGAGGUGUAUGACCUGAUGCUGGGCUGCUGGCAGCGAGAACCACAUUCUCGCCUCAACAUCAGAGAGAUCCACAACCUGCUGCUCAACCUGGCCAAGGCCUCACCGGUCUACCUGGACAUCCUGGGCUGAGAGAGAGCGUGUGUGUGCGUGUGUGCGUGUAUCCCCAAACUGCACUCAACUGUCCUUUUUCCCUUCUUCUCCUCUCUCUCUGACCCCCUACCCCCAGCCCAACCCCCCCACCAUUCCGUCCAUCCUGCUCCUCCUAUCCUAAAUGUGUAGUGUGGCAGGCAGCAGGAGCCUCAUUUAUCAGUAUUAUUAAAGAAGGAUGAAACAUGACGCCAAAGACCUUCCACGCCAUCGGACCACUCCUCUACUUGGCAAACACUUACUGUACAGCCAACUAGAAAUGUUACUGUAAAGAUCAACAUCUCCAGAAAUGCAUCAUUUCCAGGACUUCAGGAAGGGCCCUUGACGUUCUGCCUACUUAAUGAAAUGUGGAAAUUUACCGUGACUGUGUCAGAUGGGGAAGGAUCUUCAACCUUCCUGAACAUGUGCAUAUGUAAUAAAUGCAGUUAUAAUAAAAUAAAGCAAGAUGUUUGACAGUAGCAUGAAGAUAUAGAUAACGAAACGCAGUAUGUUAUUUGUUUGUUUGUUUGUUUGUUUGUUUGUUUGUUUGUUUUUUUUACAUAUUUUUACAGAAAAACAUUCAGGAUCGUAGUCUUUAGAGCACUGCAAGCCUUCAAGGUUGUCCUCGUAGUGCACUACAGUGGGGGCUUACAGUCAUUUGAGACGAGGCCAUGCCCAUGCUUCAAUACAGUUAGUGUGCAUUUAGGACAAGAGCCCAAUUACCCAGAGUGGCUGAUUAUGAUGGGGUAGGCUAAAUUACGACCCCCCCCCCCCCCCCCCCCCACCACCACCACCACUUGACUUAUCACAGAGUUGAAGCAGUGAUGUAGUACUCAAGCUGGGAGCACGCAGCUGUUAUGGUGUAAUAUAUAUUUCAUUACAGUACUAAUGUCUGCUAUUAGCACCUAUUCCCCAUAGACUCCUACAGAACAGAAUGAAGAUGGCAUGAAAGGAAAGGAGGGGGGAGGAAAAAGGACAACAUUUUUUGCCCCAAAACUCCAGACCGAAUAACGAGUAUAUUUAUUGUAUCCUUACACAAGCCCCAGAUUUGUAUUUACCAAUGCACUUUUUAAUAACAACAAUCACAAAUUCGUCAGCCACAUGAACCCCAAUAUAUAUAUUUUUUGUGAUAUCAUCCAUCUCUGCUUAGCUAUUAGGAAAUUCAUGGUAUGUUAGGAAGUUAGGAAUAACAUUGAGCGAGGGCAAAGAGUGUAUACAUUUGCACACCUGUACACCUGCUGUAAUAUAUAUACAUACACACUCACACACACACACACAUACACACACACACACAUAUAUAUAUAUACUGUAUAAACAUACACACAUGGAUGUGUUGUAAGUCACCGAAUCCUGAAUUGUGUAUACCUUUUGAAUCUUUUUAAGUUGUAAAAUGUAUUUAAUGUGAGGCACUUGUUUAUUUUUGUAAGCUAUUAUUUUUGCUAAUUUAUUUUGCCUGGUUUCAUUCACACAGAAUGACUGUACACAAGUGCACAAUUUUGACCAAACAUGCUAAGUUGUCUAAUGUUUAUUUUAA